UACUUAACUUAUGCUGUGUUAGAUGUAAUUAUCCAAAAUUACACACGAGUACUUAGAAUUGUGACUAAUUAAGACUUGGUGUCCUUAUUUCCCUAUCAAUAGUCCUUAAGUCACUCGAAGCCGGCAUAAACGUUCCGCUUUUGACCGCUUUGUAGGCUUAGUCGGCACUGCGAUCUCAGAAUUUAACAGGGGUUUAGUAUAUUAACAUUAAUUAAAAGUGUUGGAUAUUGUGCAACGCCUAUUGGCUAGUAAAGCUGAGAAAUAUUAACCCUUUUUUUUACUUAAUCCUUGUUAUAACCUGUUAAACAUUGCUGCGGCGACAGGUGUUGGUUCAAUGUAUUCAUAACGCUCUGUAAGAAGUGAAAACAACAGUUUAUUGUCAGGUAAAGAAAAAGGAAAACAAACUUGCAAAAAUGAACAACACAUUGGCAGCUGACACGGACCUUUUGAGGACUACUUGUGGUUCUUCAGCGAUUGAUAGCUCUAGGAUAGUAGGUAUUGCCUUGUGUAUUGCCUUGGUAUCUGUUUGUAUCCUCAUCGUGCUUGGAAACUUAAUGACUAUCGUCCUCUUUGCGUUCAACAAAAGACUGCACAAGAAGACUUUCUUUCUUGUCAUCAAUAUGGCUUUUGCGGACUUGAUGUUAGGAGGUGUGACUUUACCUGUAUAUACUUAUUUAGUAGGAGGCAAUUUUCAUCUUUGGUCGGAACAUGCAGGAGAAUUGUGGAAAAAUGAGUCUUUCUCUAAUUUACAUAUAAUCGUGGAUACAGUUUUCUCUCAGGCGUCACUUAUUUCCGCCGUUAUUAUAUCCUGUGAGAGAUUUUACGCCAUAUAUAGACCCUUAAAACAUAGAGCCCUUUCGUCCAUAGCCUACCGAGUUACCAUUUUUAUGGUGUGGAUCCUCGCUGCUAUCAUAUCUGCGGUACAAUGGACUGGAUUAAGUAAACUGAUCUCGUACAAACACGCGUUUUAUAUUUGGACGCCAUACAUAUUGAUGCUUACCUUAAUUGUAUGUGGCUGCAAUUUCAGCAUUUGGCGAAAGUUCCAGCGUGGAGGUGUUGCUUCACGGCAGCAACACAGGCACUCCCUAAACAAAAGAUUAACAAAGACAUUGUUGUUUGUAUCAGCGUUUGCUUUGAUGUCGUGGUUGCCUUUAAUCAUUACCAAUUUUUUAAUCGUUGUAUGUCAUGUCCCAGUAACAAGAAAGGCCUAUCACGUAGUAAACAUUUUGAAUUAUUCAAAUUCUUUUGUCAAUCCAGUUGUAUAUGCAUUUCGAAUUCCUGAGUUUCGUCUAAGGCUGUUUAUGUGCUGUUUCAGAAAACAAGUGACAAGAAAUAACAAUGAGUCAGUGAAAUAA